AAUACAGAAACCACCACCACCGUUCAAUCUUCUGGAUAAGAUUUCUAACAAUCACAAAUAGUUGCGUGUUAUCCCAAGUGACAAAUCCAAAAGAACCAUGAAAACUCUUACCUUCGCAGAACACCCACUUACCCACAUUACCAGCCCAUCUCCAGUGAAGCCAACAACCCCAAAGCUCCACAACAGAAUAUGGAGAGUUCAUGCCAAAGCCAAAGGCUUCAAUACACCACCAGCAAAUUCGCAAAAGGAAAAGAAUGCACGCAUAGAACCUGUUCAAAAAAAGUCCGACGAGAAAAAUGCCGGCAAGGACAACGACAACGACGAGAAGAUACCAGAAGUGGUGUUUGAGAGAAUGAUUGGGAGAAUCUUGUUUUAUGUUGGGGCUCCCCUGGUCACCGGCAUAGUCCUUCUGCGAGUUUUCGAUGUGUUGAAGGAACAACAUGUGUGGGACGUGCCACUCUGGUUUGCAUUCUUGACAACUUUUAUCACUUUUGGGGCUUCAGCUCUUGGGAUUGCUUAUGGAACUUUGUCUACAAGCUGGGAUGCAGAGAAGAAGGGGUCACCUCUUGGGUUUGAAGAAGCACAGAAGAAUUGGACAGAUAUUUGGAGAGAGGAAAAGGAAUAGUUCAAUAUUUAUGAUAGUAUAUGGUGGGAAAUGAGCAUGUGAUUCCAAAUUCCAAUCAAAAUUCUCCAAUGAGUAAUUCUACCCAAAUGUGAUAGGUUUUCAUGAGCAAUGGAUAUCCUAUUUCAUCUA